AUUCCGAUAUGGCAAGACCUGACGUGAAAAAGACCUGACAAUUAGAAUUUUGACAUAUUAUAUGAUAAAUAAUAUAAAUAUUAUUAUCAUCAGUCGACUAUACGGUAACAGUCGAUAAAUGAGAAAUUAAAAUAUAAAAUCAGUGCUAUCACAUAGAAAAUGUGUCUCAAACAAAGUAGACAAUAUUUCUCAUGAUAUUUCAGUUGUACUAAGUAUGUCUAAAUUUGAUACUUUACCCAUUCUCUUGGUGAGUGCCGUUGACGAAGCCACUGCGAACCGUGUCAUUUCAGAUAUAAUAGAUACAGAUGUUACGGACGAGUUUCCAAACACUCAGCCGACAGAUAGAGUCUGGAGGCUUAUCAAUAAAUACUACACCGCAAAUGUAAGAGUUCAUCCUCUAGUGGACGGAGCGCGACUAGAAGUUGAUCCUGAUCUUGUAGAGGCACACAUAAUACAUAUCUCAGAAACAGAUGCGGCGGAGGCGGCGGACGCGGUGAAGGUGGCAGCGCGGCGGGCGGCGGAGAGCGCGGGCGCGUGGCGCGGCUGCGGCGUGCGCCUGCUGCAGAGCGCGCGCGGCCGUGGCCCGCUGCGCGCCUGGGCCGCCGCCGAGCGCGCCGAGCUGCUGGCGCCGGCGCGCGGCCCGCAGCGCGCGCGCGACGCGCUGCACGCGCACGUGUGGCCCGGCCUCGUCCGGACCGACCGCCCCGCGCGCCCUGUGUUGCCUCCGCGACCCGAGUUAGCUUCGGGCUCGUCAUCUUCGGGUUCGGAUGACUCCGAAGCGGAGGAGCUACGGGCUGUGGAACAUGCGGAGGCCUUCGCUGCGGCGCUGGGAGCUCUGGGCGAGGCGGAGCGCGGCGCCAGCGGGGCGGAGGGCGCGGGGGGCGCGGACCGACACGCGCGGGCCGAGGCGCUCGUGGCCGCGUUCUGCCGCGCGAUGGGCUACGACUUAGACGCCUGCUGACGACGCACUCGCACCUUAUCCGCGGUCACCGAGCGGGCUGCGCUGUCACGGCAUUUAUAUCGCCAUUUUGUUGGAAUAUAAAUAAACGGAGUAAAAAUCUGA